ACAAAACCAAAAGUUGGGUGUUUGAAGACUAAUACAAAUAAUCUCUGGCCUCAAUCUCCCUUCAUUAUUUUAAAUAAUUAAUGGUAGGAGGCGGAAGAGAAGUAAAAACAAAAUAAAACCAAAAAUCCAGAAGAUUUCUCAAACUAAAAUGAGGAAAUUUUUCCAAUGGGUAUUUCAUUUUGCUUACAUAUUGACUCUCAAUGGCAAUUUUAUUACUUUAACUUAAACCUUCUAGGGCUUAAAUUAAUAAGCUUAAGAUGGGAGGUAGCUAAGCCUAGUAUUUAACUCAAAACAUGCCUCAGAAAAAUCACUGCUUUCAGAAAGUAAAGUACAGCUUUAGUUGUUGAGUUUUGUCUGUCUUCUCCUUGGCAACAGACUUCCAAAAGUGCUGACUGCUCCUGAGGGCAAGAGAGGGGCUCAUGUUCCCACUAGAUCUGGGUGGACCACCAGAAGUGAUGAUGGUAAAAUGCAUAAACACAUCUUGUUACACCAGAGAAUGGAAGCAGGGAUGGAUGGGAUCAAAGAAGCCCAAGCACAAGUGCUUUCUGAUUGGUUAAAAUUUGAGCUCUUCAGUGAAUGACACGCACAGUUCAAUUGCUUAAGUCAAGACAGUAGAAACUUUUUAAUGGGAGGAUACUGAAAUAUUUUAAAGCUCGUUUCUAAGGUAUCUACUAAAGGAGUCAAUCUUUGUGCCAUUAUAAAAGUAUUCUUUCUCUUCCUUGAUCACAUCUAUAAAGUACAUUGUUGAGAAAGCAGAGGUGGAUAGAAGUUUCUCCGUUAACACUGAUGUCACUGUGCUCUGGCUCUGCAGGUCAGUGCAAGGCCCCGGCCCAGUUCCCAUUUGCCAAGCCUACGAGUCUAAUUGAUGAGUCUGAGUUUCCCAUUGGGACAACUUUGAAGUAUGAAUGUCACCCUGGAUAUUUCAGAAAAAUGUUCUUUAUCACCUGCCUACAAAACUCAGUCUGGUCAAGUGCUUUAAACAUGUGUAAAAGUAAAACAUGUAAAACUCCUUCAGAGCCCACAAAUGGCAUGGUGCACAUAGUCUCAGACACCGGAUUCGGAUCCAGAAUUCAAUAUACUUGCAAUAGAGGAUACAGACUCCUUGGCUCCUCCUCUGCUGUCUGCGUUAUCUCAGGCAAUACAGUCAUUUGGGAUAAUGAAGCUCCCAUCUGUGAAAAAAUUCCUUGUGAGCCACCUCCAGCCAUUGCCAAUGGAGAUUUCUUUAGCACCAGCAGAGAAAAUUUUCGCUAUGGAAUGGUGGUGACCUAUCGCUGCAAUCCUGGAGACAGGAGGAAGCUGUUUCAACUCGUGGGCGAGCCCUCCAUCUACUGCACCAGCAAUGACGGUCAAGUCGGCAUCUGGAGUGGCCCUCCCCCACAGUGCAUCAUACCUAAUAAAUGCACACCGCCAGUUGUCGAAGAUGCAAUCAUGGUGUCUGCCAACAGAAGCUUAUUUUCUUUACAUGACAUUGUGGAGUUUCGUUGUCAGCCUGGCUUUGUCAUGAAAGGACCCACCAGGGUGCAGUGCCAGGCCCUGAACAAGUGGGAGCCAGAGUUACCAAGAUGCUCGAGGGUAUGUAAGCCACCCCCAGAAAUCCUGCAUGGUGGGCACAUCCUGAGGAACAAGGACAACUUUUCCCCUGGGCAGGAAGUGUUCUACAGCUGUGAGCCUGGCUAUGACCUCCGUGGAGCUGCUUCUCUGCGCUGUACACCCCAGGGAGACUGGAGCCCUGCAGCUCCCACGUGUGCAGUGAAAUCCUGUGAUGACUUCCUGGGCCAACUCCCUAAUGGGCGUGUGCUAUUUCCUCUGAAUCUGCAGCUUGGAGCAAAAGUGUCCUUUGUUUGUGAUGAAGGGUUUCGAUUGAAAGGAAAUUCUGCUACUUAUUGUGUCCUGGUUGGAGCGGAAAGCCUUUGGAAUAGUAGCGUUCCUGUGUGUGAACGUGAGUAGGAGGAGGAACUCUCAGGCCAAUCUCUCUUCUUAAGUUGUUUAGUAUUUUGACUCAUAGCCUUCCCUGUCUAGUCUGAAUUAUUGACAGAAAAUGUUUAUUUUAAUAGUACUUUUUGUGACUCAAUAUAUGUAUCUUCUUGUUUUGAAACUAUUUGGUCAGACUCUGUAAUUUUGAACUCUGUAUUCUAUGUAAUGUUUCCUGUGAGUUUUUUCCUAGGUAAGGAAAGAUGAGAUAACAUGAACCUUCCACAAGCUUCUUUUCUUUCCCUUUCUUUUGUUCUUUUUCUCCCUUUCUUUUGUCUUUAUUUUUUCUUUUCUGCUAUUAAGGUAUUUUCACCUUAUAAUUUUCCUAGUUAUUUGAUAAUAGACUAAUACUAAAUAUGCAUUGAUUAAGUCACUUAUUGAACACAUAAUAUGUCCGAUAUUCAUCUGGGAACUGCAAUGAUAGCAGUCAUUAAGAUGAGCUAAUUUCAUUCAAGUGGGGAAAUGGACAAAAAAAAAAGCUGUGGAAAUCAUAGAUCAGAACACAAUAAGGGAAAAGUGGGAAAGCAUGAGACUGGAAAGGCAAUUUGAGGCUCCUUAAAUUCUCAAAAUAUGUAUCCAAAUAAAUUACUCUGAGUGGUUCAGAAAUAAUAAGCUAGGGCUAGAGGUGUGGCUCAAGUGGUCAAGGUCUUGCCUAGCAAGCACAGGGCCCUGAGUUCAAAUACCAGUACUGCCAGAAAAAAAAAAGAGAGAAAUAUUAAGCUUAUUUUUUAAAAAAUUCUCAUAUGUAGAGUCACUACUGAUUUUUUCUAGUUUGUCUGUUCAUAUUUUCUACUAGAUUAUAAGAUUUUUGCUUCAUUUCUUGAUCCUAAAGAUUGGACAUCAUGUUUUCAAAGCAAUCAUAUUGCACUAACAUAUUCAUGUUAUUAGAAAUCUAUUUGGACAUCUUAUGGUGCUUUUUAUAUUAAGUUUUAUAAGAACAUACUGUGUACAUAAAUCUCUGCUAUCCAGGAAACACUCUGUUCCUCGAAGCAGAAUGACAAAUGGCUCUCUUUCCAUCAUGCACUAGAGCUCCAUCAUUGAAUGGGCUGCUUAGCCUUUCUCUUAUUUUUCACAACUCUUGCUAUUGAAGUAACUUCUUCCCAAUUCCAAGCCUAAUUAGAAAUACCAGUUAUGAGUGAGUAAGGAACCGCUCUAAGCUGAUGAGCAGAUACAUGAGAGAGGUAACAAUUUGAAACCUGACAGAAAAUAAAGAGAGAAAAAUAAACCAUAAACAUACCUAGAGAUUUUAAAAGCCAAUCAGUCAGAGUGCAUUCCGAGUUUUUAUAUCACAAUGAUUUAUGUACAUUUCCAUUCAUUGUGACAGCACUGCUGUCAUAACUGAGGUUGAUGGUCAAUAUCCAUAAGUGGUAGAAAAAACAGCUCAUCUCUUUAAGGUGAUUAGUACAUGGAAUGAAUUUUAGAAAUAUUUUCCAAGAGUAGAAGCUCCUUGGAGGAAAAAGACCAGUUCUGUGCUCUUCACCAAGGUGACCCUGGUAAGUGGCUGAUACAGUCAGUGAUUGACUGACUCUGUCAGUCAAUUUAUAUGUUGGAUAAAUAAAUGAGUUACCCUCCAUU